AUGGCCUCCGCAGCUUCUGGCAGUUCCGCAACACGCACACCCUCCAUCUCCGACACCAUCAAACACGACCACGUCGCCCUGCGCAACGGCUACAACAAGAUCCUGGGGACGACGGAUCUCGACGAAAGACGUAGAUGGCAGAACCAAUUCACCUGGGAUCUUGCGAGGCAUGCUGUGGGGGAGGAGUUGGUUGUUUAUCCGGCUUUGGAGAAAGUCGUGGCUGAUGGGAAGAGGAUUGCGGAUAGGGAUCGGGAAGACCAUCAAAUUGUAAAGAAGUAUCUCUACAAAUUCCAAGCCCUAAACCCAACCGACACAGAAUUCGAGCCUACCCUACGCAACCUCUGGGGCGAUCUGAGCGCACACAUCCGCAAGGAGGAGGAAGAAGACCUCAUACAGCUAGAGGAUGGUCUGACGCAACAGGAUUCCGCAAAUCUGACGAGUAGUUUUGAGAGGACAAAGAUGUUUGUGCCGACUAGGAGCCAUCCGAUGGCCCCCGACAAACCGCCGUUUGAGACGGUGGCGGGGCUUAUGGCGGCGCCGAUGGAUAAGUUGGCGGAUAUUUUUAGGAGGUUUCCUGAGGAGGCUUCAUAUGUUGACCCGUUGUUGUAG